AUGGUCAUGCAAGGGGCGCUAAGUGCUUAUCUUCGCGACACAGUCGGAUUGUUUUCAGACCCUCUGCACGGCCAUAGUUUCUCCCCAGUGACACUUCGCUUGCUAUCAACGGUAGAUCGUAGUUUACUCUGUUUUCGCGAUUGUUUACUUUGUCACGAGCGGCUUUUGGCCAUUAUGAAGUCCAGCAAUGACAAAUCUAAAAGAAUGCUGAGCUCUGCAGCUUUUACUGUCUCGAUCAUGUUUCCAACAAGUGUUUGUCAGUGUCUCAGCUGUGGCAAGUUUGCACAUCGAGAGUGUCUAAGUGUUUCUCACUCUCAUCGUCAAUGUCGAGGCCACAAGAGUCUCAUGCCACCAUGUAGUCAUGCUCCACCACCAGCAGAUGCGAUUCUCUUUCCUCCACCAGAAGCCACUUCUCAACGCAUUCGUUUUGUCAAAUUGACAACACAGAAGAAAGUAAGAUCCAAGAGUAUUGGAAAAUUGCCAAGUUUUACGUUAGCAACGCUAAUUGAAGAGCUCAAUAGUAGUAGUGUUGCUGCUCGUGGAGCUACUUCCGUGGUUUUGACAGAAGACGGAACUACUACGCAGAAGAAACAGCAAUUACCGAAUUUUUCGAGAUUUGCGAAAAAGCUAGCACCAGUUAUAGCGGCUGGUGGUGUCGUAGGUGUAAUGGCUAUGGGACCUGCAGCUGGUGUUUUAGCUGGUUUAAACAUGCUUGUCGCAAGUGUAGGAGCUGAGACAGUCAUGGCAGGAAUUGGACUUACAGCAAGUGCUGCUGCAGCAGCAACUGCAACGCAUCAAAGCAACGUCAAGGCUACACAACGUCGUAAAGAACGUUUACGUAAAGGUGAAUGGGCCAUGGAGAUUUGUUGGAACUGCAAGAAGAAUUUUGAUGGUGCACCGUCGGAUGAAGCUUGUCGGAAAGAUGCCGAAUUUCUCCGACGAUUUCAAAUAUUUGACUCAUCUCUGAAAGUUAAUGAUAACUCCAAGGAUGUUGUGCACGAUAAUUUGCCAGAUGAUGCUGAAGUGUAUCGCUUUCUUUUUGGUGUCUUUGCUUCGCCAAGUGAGUUUUUAGGAAAAAUGAAUGUUCAACUUUGUGAAGCUUUUCGUAAACGAUUUGGAGCAAGACACCAAAAAAGGCGACGAAGACCAAGUCUCACUGGAAAUUCUAUUGCUAUUGAAUCGGAUGCUGCUCGAACAAUGGCCAAAGAUACUCUUCAAGAUACGAAGAUGUAUGUAGCUCAUGUGUUGGGUGCUACGUUGCAAUGUUUUCCUAGUCUCGCUAGUACUCCACAAGCACUUAGUAGCUGCUCCCUUGCUGUUGAGCGAAUUGUAUACGCCGAUAUCCAUGCCAUGGUGUUCAGUGAAUUUCAGUGUAUUUUUGAGGACGCAGACUCUUCAUUCGCGGAUAAUGUGGCGGAUAUCCGACGAGAACAAAAGUAUCAUUCCUCUGCUCUACUACACCAUCACGUGGAUGAUACUAGUUUGAGUGCCGUGUUAGAUGAAGACCUUCAAAAAGCUGAAGCUAUUAUGGUUGCAAUGAUGCACAAGACGUCGUCGCCAUUGCUGAAGUUAGUGCUACUUUGUGACGCUUUUCGAAAUAUUUGUUGCUUUGCAGAAAAACUGCAUCAGUCUACUUCGAAUACCGACAUGUUGAUUCCAAUCUUGUGUGCGUUUCUCGUCGAGUGUCCUCGAGUUUGUGGUCCAGGCCUGAAUUUUGUCGCCGAGAUUGCAUUCAUUUCGUUUUUCACGAAUGGAGGUGGUAAAGGUGUUGAAGGGUAUGUUUUGACUACGUUUCAAGCUUCAAUCCAAGUCAUUGCAGCAGUAGAUUUGCCAAAUGGACACGCAAAAGAACUCGAACUUUUUAUCAACGACGACGAAAGCGAAAGUACAGAUGAGAUCAACGACGUUUUCUUUGAUGCAGUGUCCUCUACAAUAGAGUCUCAAGUGCACAGUUCGUAA